AAUUAAAUCGCAUUGGUUAGUUGACUUAUCGAUCUUGUGUAGGGAGCGACUUUUUUUAAUAAAAUCAACACAGAGUUUGUUUGAACAAAUAUGGUGAUUGCUAAAAUUUUUCGGAAUUAGUAAAAUGGGUAAUUUGAAACACGGUACUCAUGUGAAAAGGAUUCCACGAAAACUUUUUAAUAGCGAACACGAUGUAUAUAUUACAUCUAACUCAAGUUUUGAGGCACAAGUUAAGCACUGCACGAAUAUUUUCAAUUUAGGAGGAAAAGAAAUAUUUAUACAUUGCCUAGGAAGUUCAAUUAGCCGUUGCUUAAACUUAGUCUUACAUCUGGUGAAGAAAUCGGACCUGAGCUUAUCAUACUCAAUUCAUACUUCAACUAUUCAUUUGAUUGAUGAAUCUCAUCCUUUACAUGAAGACCGAGACGUUACCUUAAAGAAACGAAGCAAUUCUGCUGUACAUGUUAGGCUCACGCGACAUAUGUCUUAAUAAAGUUCAAUUUGCUUGGAUAUGUUUAAGUUAUCGGAGAUUGUACGCUGGCUUGGUCUUACGGAAUUUGAAAUAUUAAUAAACCUAUGUGGAAUGCUUACCUUUACUGUGGUAUUAGCAUUUAAGAUA